GAGGAGCGCGUGGAUUUCCUACCAUGAUCUUGGCAAACGCUUUCUGCAUCGUCCUCUUCGUAGAUGAGAUCCUGCGCUCGCUGGCCGGGCCCCCCUCGCCUCCAGCGCCCGCCCCGCCGGGCUGGCGAGUGCCCGUGGACUGCGUGCGAGCCAACGAGCUGUGCGCGGGCGAGCCAGGCUGCAGCUCCCGCUACCGCACCCUGCGGCAGUGCCUGGCCGGGCGCGACAGGAACACCAUGCUGGCCAACAAGGAGUGCCAGGCGGCCCUGGAGGUGCUGCAGGAGAGCGCCCUGUACCACUGCCGCUGCAAGAGGGGCAUGAAGAAGGAGCUGCAGUGCCUUCAGAUCUACUGGAGCAUCCACCUGGGGCUGACCGAAGGAGAGGAAUUUUAUGAAGCCUCCCCGUACGAGCCGGUCACCUCUCGUCUCUCUGAUAUAUUCAGACUCGCUUCAAUUUUCUCAGGAAUGGACCCGGCCACCACCUCCAAGAGCAACCACUGCCUGGACGCGGCCAAGGCCUGCAACCUCAACGACAACUGCAAGCGCCUGCGCUCGGGCUACAUCUCCACCUGCAGCCGGGAGCUGUCGGCCACCGAGCCCUGCAGCCGCCGCAAGUGCCACAAGGCUCUGCGCCAGUUCUUCGACCGCGUGCCCGGCGAGUUCACCUUCCGCCUGCUCUUCUGCUCCUGCAAGGACCCGGCGUGCGCCGAGCGCCGCCGCCAGACCAUCGUCCCCUCCUGCUCCUACGAGGACAAGGACAAGCCCAACUGCCUGGACCUGCGCAGUGCCUGCCGGAUGGAUCACCUGUGCAGAUCCCGGCUGGCUGAUUUCCACACCAACUGCCAGGCCACCUUCCAGUCCCUGACCAGCUGUCCCGGGGACAACUUCCAGGCGUGCCUGGGCUCCUACGCGGGGCUCAUCGGAUUUGACAUCACCCCCAACUACGUGGACGCCAGCACCACCAGCAUCACCAUCUCGCCCUGGUGCUCCUGCAAAGGCAGCGGGAAUAUGGAGGAGGAGUGCGAGAAAUUCCUGCGGGAUUUCACGGAAAAUCCCUGUCUCCGAAACGCCAUCCAAGCUUUUGGGAACGGCACCGACGUGAACAUGGCUCCCAAAAAUCCCAAUCCAGUGACGGUGCUUCCGAAGGCAGAGAAGAGCCCGGUGCUGCCGGACGACGUCAACGACAGCAACACCGCGUACGACACCAGCGUCAUCAGCACCUGCACCUCCCUCCAGGAACAAGGCCUGAAGCCCAACAAAUCCAAGGAGCAGAGCCUGUGCUACUCCGAGGCCCAGCUGACCACAGACGUGAUGCCGGACCAGAAGACUUUCACGGAUCCCAAGGGGGGAAGCAGCCGGCGCCGGGAGAGCCAGAUCCUGCUCCUCAUUCCCAUCCUGAUCCCGGCCUUGGGACUAUAGAGGGGCGGGAAGGAGCGGCCGGUGGGACGGGGACGCUCGGACCGGCGCCCACCGGUGCCGCGCUUGCGCCGGAGACUGGAACGCUCCCAAAUCCCGGGA